AGGGGCACUGCUCGAUGUCCAUGGUCUCGAGAGCUCGAGGUGGAAGAAGCGCGUUGUCGAUGCAUCAUCAGAGCCAUGUUAGGGCCAGCGUAUCGAUUGUUUUCAGGCGCAUUUGAUGCAUUUGAUGUGUUGUGUAUGUGAGGAGAAGAGCUGUAGACGAGGACGGAAACAUUAGUGAGGGACGGAAAGAGUUGAAGUCCCGUUUUGGAGAAAGUCGCAAUGGGGCGAGGGCGAGGGCCGAACACGGCCGAUUCCUACAUCGGUAGUCUUAUUAGUCUCACUUCGAAGAGUGAGAUCCGGUACGAGGGGAUUCUGUAUACUGUGGACACUGAGAAUUCCAACAUAGCGCUGCAAAACGUGAGAUCAUUCGGAACAGAGGGGCGUAAGAAGGAUGGCCCCCAGAUCCCUGCUAGCGACAAAGUUUAUGAUUAUAUCAUUUUCCGAGGAUCGGAUAUCAAGGACUUACAAGUGAAGUCAUCUCCACCUCCUCCCUUGCAACCUCCUCCUCCACCCCAACCGGCAGAUCCUGCAAUCAUUUCACUUCAGUCACAGCAACAAUACCCUCCACCGCCCUCCCUCGGGUCGUACAAUGGCGGACAUCCUGCAGCGGGAUCUUCCUCAGAGCCAAGCGCCCCACCUUCUCCUUACAUCCGGAUGCCAUCUCAGUACCCAAGGGCGGUGCCUCCUCUAUAUCCUCCUGCAGGAUUGCAGUCGUGGGGCCCUCCACCUCCUCCUGGUGCCAAUGGGUCGGGUCUGGCGAUGCCAAUGUACUGGCAAGGUUACUAUAGACCACCACCGGCGGGACACAUGCAGCACCAGCCUAUACCUCCCACUUCGUUGGCAGCGCUACCACAGGGUCAACCCCUGCUGCAGCAGUCACCACAACAACACGGACAGCAGCCGGUUCAGCAGGGUCAACAUGCAUCAGCCUUACCACAGCCGUCACUGGGAGUUCCACAUUCCUCAGGAGGGGCAACGGUGCCUGAUUCUAGCGGCGAAGUGACUCUUUCUUCGCAAUUGCAGCCACAACCUUCACCAUCUAAAGCUGUAACUGCUGCAGUAGCACCCUUGUCUUCGACCACGGUGAAUCCUACUGUAUCUUCGGUGAGCACGACGACCACUCCGGCAGCUUUAUCGUCUGGGACACCGGCUUCCGCCUCUGCCUCAGAAGUUCCUAUUUCAGCUACUUUCAGUUUACCUUUGUCUUUGCAAGGCGUAAGCGCAGUGAUCACGCCAGUUGCGAAAAAUCCUCGCCGCAUAGUUGGAAAUUUGUCUCAGACUCCACAGAUUUCUUCAUCACAGACCGUGGGGAGCUCUUCUCAAGGAUCACAGAGCACAUCAAGUGCACCCUCUGUUUCUUCUGGGUCUUUGAUAAGUCCCCAAAACGAGGCGGCGCAGACCUCGGGAAUCGUAGCGACGGCUGCAAAGCGUGGAACAACUGUUCCACAAAGCCAAUUGGUUCCAGAUGUGGAGCUCAAACCAGCGGAACCCGCAAAUGUUGAAAGAGCAUCUUCGGUGCAAACCAGCUCGCAGGCUGCACCUCCGCAGGAGCAACUCAGUCAGCCUCUACUUCCGUUGCCCUCAGUAGAACAGAAGCAACAGCAGCGAGGACACCAUGGCGUACCCGUUGGCCAAAGGAGUCGCUGGCAGGUAAAUGGUUAUACGGGGAAUGGCAACUACACUCGUCGGGGAAGAGGCCGAAGCAGUGGCAGCGGAAGGGGCAUUGGGCUGGCGAAUCCCACACAGCAAUUCACAGAAGAUUUUGACUUCACAGCCAUGAAUGAGAAGUUUAACAAGGACGAAGUUUGGGGAACCCUUGGGGGAAAGGAUGAAGAAGAAGAAUAUGAAUAUGAUGAUGGAAACGCCGAAGUUGAUGUAGCCGAUUCUACACAAUCAGAUGCACCCAAGAAGGCCCUUUAUAACAAGGACGAUUUCUUUGAUUCUCUAUCUUGCGAUGCAAGUGGAGGCCGCGGUGAACGCACUAAGUUCUCUGAGCAGCGCAAGAUUGAUACUGAAACAUUUGGAGCCUUUCCAAUGAGGUCUCGCGGGGGUCGUGGCGGACGUCGUGGAGGCCACAGGGGUGGAUACUUUGGCGGUGGGAGUUAUGGGAUAAGCAGAGGUAGCAGUUAUGGCAGGGGUCGUGGUAUGGGCCGCUCCGCGUCCGGCCAUGUAUGAGUAGCUAUUCCCAUUUGGUGUGGGAAUCUACUGUGAGGCAGUCGCCUUUGACAUGGGGAUGUGAUGCAUAGCUACUAUGCUUGAAGAGGCUUGUUAGGUUGGUGAGGUCUGGAGGUUGUGCAUGUAGAACGUUGUGGGUCUGUCUUUUUGCUUGCUGUUUCAGAAGAAAAGGUAGCAGUGGAAUGCGAUGAUCGUGGAGCGCCCUCAUUGAAGAUUUGGUCUCUAGAUGGUGUAAUUACCACGUUCUUCACAUCACUCUGCGUUUGAUCGAACCAAUUAGCAAGUAUCCAUCGGAACGGAACCAACCUAGUUAUGGAAGUAGAUUGGAAGUCUGGAUCCAUGGAAGGGUAAAACAGCAAUUGCAGAUACCUGAAUAGGUAGCUAGGCUGUGGGGGUUUCUGUAGAGAUGAUUUGGAGCGAGAGUUUUAAUUCGCUACAAAUUCGGAGACAGAUUGCUACAAUGAUGUUUAUAGUCGUAGAUGGUUCCGUAUUCUAUGCCGCUCAGAUGAACACAAGGCGUUGACUUGACCAUUUCAUGUGUAAAUUUCUUUGAAUGUUAGGGUGGUAGAAAUCUGUUGGUGGGAAUAAACUGGAGCUGUUUGUUGUUUC